AUCUCGGGGACGCUCGACCCUCGCCGACACCUCAGCCGUGGCGCCGGCUGGUGCCCUUCGCCAACGUGUAGCUUCCGCCUUCCACUUGGGGGAGGAGUUGCACGACAGCCGGCGCGGAUUGCCGGAGAUGGCAGCUGGAAGUCCUUUGGCAGCACGCAUGAAGGCGCUGAAAGCAGACACUUCAAAGCAGGCACAGCCUCCGUCGCCACAAGCAGUUGCACCGGCACCAACCGACCUUCAGCACGCUGCAGCCGCGAAGAUCCAAGCGCACGCGCGGGGGCGAUGGGUGCGGAAGCGUGCCCGGAAGAAGGAGAGCCACUUGCCUCCGCUGCCUCCGCCACCAUGGGAGGUGCAGCAAGCGGCGGCCACGAAGAUCCAAGCACACGUGCGUGGCAAGCAGGGUCGAGCUCGCGCUUUGAAGCUGCGCAAGAAGACCUUCACGCGCCGGUCCGCGCUGAAGCUGCAGAUGCGAGCGACCGAUGAGGACUCACCCAAGCCUGGGCUUCACUGGCAACCUUCCAAGGCAGCCGCGGUGCCUGCGGCGAAACGCCGACCCUCAGCCGCUGCGAAGCGUCCGGAUGAUGCACUGCAGGAGCGCGAGGAGUUCGAGCAGCCGAAGGCUCUGCCCAGCCGUCUGCCUGCCAUUCCACCAGAAGUUGCC